AUGUCGGUGCACAGCAGUGAAUCAGAGGACACCAGCAGCUGUGAGGGUGCAGACGGUGGAGGGUAUCUGCCAUGUUCUACCUCCGGUGUCGUCUCGGAUAAAUUAACCGUUGUGGUCGGAGACACGCACUUCUCUGAAGAGAAGACGUUACUCGUUCAGAGCUGCGACUAUUUCCGAGCCUUGUAUCGCUCUGGAAUGAGGGAAUGUCGGCAGGAAGAAAUCCACCUCAAGUCUCUGCGUGCUCGAGGUUUCCUCAUUGCCUUGGCGGUUCUACGAGGGGAGAUGCCCUUCCUGGAUGGCGAUGACAUUGUUGAGGCCAUUGAAAGUGCUGCUUUCUUGCAGGCAGCGCUGCUCACAAAGCAUCUCAUCAACCUCAUUGACUCUGACAACUGCUUGCUCAUGUUUCACACCGCUGCAACCUUUGGUCUCAUGGACCUUUACCACGCUGCUGCACUGUUCAUCCGAAAUAUAUACACUGACCUGGAGGAGGAGGUCAGGAAUACCUUACCAUCAGAGCUGAUUUCCUACGUGGAGUCUUUGACCCCGAGUGUUUUCGUGGCAGUGGGGGCCCACGUGACCUGUGGCACAGGUGAAACUGUUCAUGCUGCCUCCAGGACGGUCUGCUACCUGGAUGAAACUGGGAAUAACUGGAAAACACUGACAGAUCUUCCACUGGAGGCCAGCACCUCCAUGGCUGGAGUGACUGUUUUAGACAACAAACUUUACAUCGUUGGCGGAAUUCACGGAGUCCAUAAACAAGCCGUGGACUCUUGUUUCUGCUACAGUGUUGAAAACAAUGGUUGGAGCAAGAUCGCCAGUCCAGCACAGCUGCGCUACAAUCUCAGCCUCGUAGGUGUGGACGGUCGUCUUUAUGCCAUCGGAGGAGAGUACGAGCGGAUUAUGAUGUCAUCUGUGGAAAUAUACAAUGUCAAGACCGGAAGGUGGGCGUUUGCCGCUCACUUGCCUCGACCGGCGGCGGGAGCAGCAUGCACCAAAACCAUGAGCAGGAUAUUUGUGUGUUUGUGGAGGCCGAUGGAGACCACAGAGAUCUAUGAGUACAUCUCAGGUACAGACGAGUGGCAGCUCGUUACCAAGCUGAUCAGGCACCAGAGUUAUGGCCACUGCAUGGUCGGCCACAGGGACAACCUGUACAUCAUGAGAAACGGGCCGUCGGACGACUUCCUGAGAUGCCUGAUGGACUGUUAUAAUCUGAGCACCGGUCAGUGGACGUCCCUGCCAGGACACUUCGCCAACAGCAAAGGUUCGCUGUUCACCUCUGUGGUGAGAGGCGACUCUGUGCUCACGCUCAACAGGAGCCUGACUCUGGAGUACGCCAUCGAUGGGAAAACCUGGAAACCCCGACGGCAGAUGAAGGGUUUCCCCAGAAGUGGAUCUGUGUGGACGUUUCUGCUCCGGCUGCCAGAAGCUCUUAUGCUGCAAUAA